AUCAGGGACUUGAAUCACCAAUAUUGUUAGACAUUGAUUUUCUAAUUUGUUUUACUUUUACUGGUAGGAUGGAAUCAGAAAUUCAAAGAAAAAUAGAGGAAACAUUGUUGGACAUACUGAACAAAUCCAACAUGGAAGAAGCCACUGAGUUCGGCAUACGACUCGCUGCCUCGGAGAGACUCGGUAUCGACCUCUCCGACUCCAUCAGCAAACACUUUGUUAGAAGCAUAGUUGAGUCCUAUCUUCUCUCCAUUAUGGCCAAUGGAAAGGGGGAGAAGAAGGAAAAUGUAGUCAGUGUCGAGGCCGAGGCCGAUGAGGAGACGGAGGUGGUGAAACUGAAGAGGGAAGAUCCUGAACGUAUUAUUUGUCAUCUGUCCAACAGGAGGAACGUAUCCGUGAAAGCAUUCAGAGGGACGUCACUAGUCUCAAUUAGGGAGUUCUAUAUGAAAGAUGGAAAACUACUUCCUGGUUGUAAAGGUAUUAGUUUACCUUCUGAGCAAUGGGCAAUCUUCAAGGAAAGUGUUCCUGCAAUAGAAGAAGCUAUCUUAAAGAUGGAAGGAAGGAUGAGAUCGGAGCUUAAUGGUAAGCAACAUGAAGAUGUGUCAAAAUCGGUUGACGCGGCUGCUCCUCUUGAGCCUGUUGCUCCUAUUGAGCCUGUUGUCCCUGUUUCUCCACUUGAGCCUAUAGCCCCUAUUGAAGUUGUCCGUUUUGAUGGGAAGAAUUUCCAUUUUUGGGCUCAGCAGAUGAAAUCACUAUUGAAACAAUUAAAGAUUGAACAUGUACUAAUUGAACCAUGCCCGAAUGCUGCAUUAGGGGAAGGUGCAAAGGCUGAAGACAUUGCUGCAGCCAAGGCUGCAGAAAGGAGAUGGUUGAAUGAUGAUGUAGUGUGUUGCCGCAAUAUCUUGAGCCAUUUAUCUGAUCCUCUUUUCAACCAGUAUGUGAACAGAAAAAUGAGCAGCAAGGAAUUAUGGGAAGAGCUAAAAAUGGUUUAUCUGUAUGAGGAAUUUGGAACCAAGAGAUCUCAAGUGAAAAAGUAUAUUGAAUUUCAGAUAGUUGAUGAAAAAACAGUGAUUGGGCAAGUCCGAGACCUAAAUGGCAUUGCAGAUUCUAUUGCUGCUUCUGGAAUAUUCAUUGACGAUAACUUUCAUGUUAGUGUCAUCAUUUCAAAGCUUCCACCAUCCUGGAAGGACUUCUGCAUCAGGUUAUCGCGUGAGGAAUAUUUACCUUUCUGGAAGUUAAUGGAAUGUAUACAGGUAGAGGAAGAAUUUCGGUGUGGAGUACAACGAGGGGGUGAACAUUCUUACAGUAUGGGAUUUCACCCGGGCAGUAGAGGUGGUGGACAGAGGAGCGUUGACUAUAAGCCACUAGGAAUCUGGAGGAAUAGGCCAGAAAUCAAUGCCAGGAGGAGCUUAUCCUGUAAUAUAUGUGGCAAGAGGGGACAUCUUUCAAAAAAUUGCUGGAGAAGAAAUGACAGGCAAACUAAUGAAAGGAGAGCAGAAGAUGAUGUCAGCACAUCUACCACAGAAGUUGAUACUCUGGCUUCUAUUCCUACAGACAAAUUGAUUCUGGACGGUAGUGUGGGGUUGUGUAAUGCCGUGGACAAAAGUAUCAAAUGACUUUGGGU